GUUACAGCGGUGCCUUCGUUUGGCUCACCACCCAUGGUUUUGAGCAGUUGGCACUCCACUUGUAAACAGUUGUUCUUGUGGUUUGUUUACAACUAAUUGAAUCGACUCGUCAACGUGUUUAAAACUUGAAAAUAAGCAGAAAUGGAGGUUUCAAACCCCUGCUAUUCAGUCCUCACAAAUUUGGAGGUUAUGGAAUCCUUGCGCGGGAUAAAAGACACAAAAAAGAAGUAUGGAUUGAGGAAUUUGGCGACGAUUACGUAUGAGACUCUUCAGUUCUUAGAGGAGACUCCUUGCAAGAACCAAACCCGCGAAGGCAUAAGCAGUUUUAUAAACGAGGUGAAGGCGUUUAAGCUGACGAAAACAGAAUGCCUGGCCAUAGUCAACGACCCGCCGACACUGCCCUUGCACAUCCAAUUGCUCAUAGAAGACAGUGAGGAGCGACUCACAGAGGAUCAAGUAAACCAACUUUUAGCCAUUAUAGCAAAGCAUUUAAUCACGAAUGAAUAAAAAUUAGCUUUAAGACAUUA